AUUUUGGUAAACUUGUAAUUAAUAAAUCUCUUUGAGAUCGUUGUUGACGAAGAGACGAAGAAGAAGAACCCAGAAAAUAACUUUACUCUUCAAUGGCUUACGUCGAAGGAGGUGUGGUUAAAGCGAAACGACCAAUAUGGAGACUAAGGACGAUCAAAGAUUUUUUCUUAUCCAUCAUUGAUGUGAUACAAGUCUUCUUUAUGACCAUGUUCUCGAUGGAGAAAUCAGAUUCUUAUAGGAAAGGCUCCAAGUCUAACAAGAAGUGGGAUGGUGGCAUGGGUGGUGGUGGUGGUGGCGGUGGUGGUGGUGGCGGAGGCGGUGGUGGAGGCGGUGGUGGGCCUCGUCGUGGAGGUCUGGACAAUGUGCGUGGCUUGAAUGAUAUUCGUGGAGCUGACCACAAUUCACUACCGGCGUGCGGCUCGUGCUGUGGCUGAGACUUGUUCGUUGGAGUACCUAAGAAUAAGCGAAGGGACUAUUAUCAAUAUAUACAUAUUAUCUAGUGUUGAAACGAUGCUUUUGUAAUUUGAGGAAGCAACGAAUGAAAGAUUCUUGUGUAUUUUGUAUUUGCAUCAAGCUUCUUGUAUUUAGUUAAACGUUUGAAAUUGGGAAUUCACUUCUAAUAGUUCGUAAUUUAUAUCCAACGUAACUAAAUUAA